AUCUACAAAAGAAGGAAAAAAACAGGAAGGCGCCACGUUUUACUUGUGCGGACACCUUUUCUGCUUUUCAAAGCUUCUCUCUCAUUAUCUGUUUGCCAAGGAGGAGGAGAAUCAAGACUUCCAGAGAGCUCCAUUGUUUAAAGAUGGGCCACGCGAAAUACAUCUUUCCUGCUGUGUUGGGAUCAUUUGCAGUGGCAUGGGCAUUUGACCAUUUUGUUGCUGACAAGAAGAUAUUUGGAGGAACUACUCCAUCAACUGUUGCAAACAAAGAAUGGUGGGAAGCAACUGACAAGAAGUUCCAGGCAUGGCCUCGCACUGCCGGUCCACCUGUGGUCAUGAAUCCCAUCAGUCGUCAGAAUUUCAUUGUGAAGGCAGGAACCGAUGAAUGAAUCUUCAACAGCUUCACUCACUUUAUCUCUGUAAUGUAAUGUGAUGACACUUUUUUAGUAUGGUUUGGUUGCUGUGAAUUUUGAAUCCUUUAAAUCAUAAUGUCACUUAAAGCAAUCCUGAAUCACGAAUAAAUGAUAUUUUUAUUUGUUUCA